CUUUGAGCAGUUCAGGUCUUGCGGCAUCGAAACACGCACUGUUCAGCGAUUUGAUUAUAACGAUGCAGCAGUUUCAUGGGCUGAUGCAGUUUUCUCGGCCGGCGGCGAUGGUACAUUUCUUCUCGCAGCAUCGAAAAUACUGUCUCCGGAUAAGCCUGUAAUCGGUAUCAACACCGAUCCAAUAGGCUCUGAAGGACAUUUGUGCCUACUAAAAAAACUAUCACAUGAAUAUAUCAAAGAUGCGCUGAAACGAUUACUGGACGGUGACUUCAG